AUGCUCAGUUCGGUCUGUGUUUCCUCUUUCAAAGGGCGCAAGGGUGGGAACAAGUCGUCCAACAAAGCAUGUUACACUGCAGACAUGACUUGUCUGUCGGAAAGCGAGAAAAUCGUGAUAAACUGCGGGGGGGUGCGGCAUGAAACCUAUCGAAGCACACUAAAAACGUUGCCUGGUACCCGUUUAUCUUGGCUUACCGAACCGGACGCCUUUAGCAACUUCGAUUACGACCACAAAAACGACGAGUUCUUCUUUGAUCGCCACCCAUCCGUUUUUUCAUUCAUCCUCAACUAUUACCGCACAGGGAAGUUGCACUGUCCAAACGAUGUGUGCGGUCCGCUGUUCGAAGAGGAGCUGGCAUUCUGGGGCAUCGAUGAGACGGAUGUGGAGGCGUGUUGCUGGAUGAAUUACCGCCAGCACAGGGACGCAGAGGAGGCGUUGGACAGCUUUGAGAAUCCAGAACCGGAGUUGGCAGAGGAAGACCCAACGCUACCAGGAGGCGCAGAUGGGGACAUGAAAAGACUGUGCUUGCAUGAGGAUGGAAGGAAAAAGACUUGUUGGGAAAUUUGGCGACCCAGAAUGUGGGCCCUUUUUGAAGACCCCUAUUCUUCAAAAUAUGCCCGGGUGAGUAUCUCCUUUUUUCUUAAUUGA